AAAGUCGCAGAGGAGGGUUCAGAGGAGACAAAUUUGCCCUUAGCAUACACGGAUUUUUGCUCACAAGGGAACGAGGUGACUUUUUUUCCUCACAAGCAUACUAUCGUUUAGUCCAAAGGGUGGCAGAAACGUGUUUAGGUAAAGGAAACUUCGCGAUGUAAAAUGCCGAGCUUAUGGCGAAUCGUGUUACCGUAAUGGCUACCACUACCACAUAAUGCUAUUUCUUGUUAUCUAUUUUGAAAUCUGAUUCAUUUUAGAACACAGACAAUGGUUCUUUCAGAUAUCCACGAGUGCACGGUGUCAAAUGGCGGCUGCAGUCACAAGUGUGUUAAUACUGCGGGAGGCUACAAAUGUAAAUGUCCAGACCCGGAACUGAACUUAGCAUUGGACAACAAGACGUGUCACGGUAAAUAUUGGCGGAUACUACAAUUAUCAAGAAAAAUACAAAAAGAAGGAAAAAUCCUCCGUGUUAAGACAUUUCAAGUUCACUCAGUAGGUGUUGAUGUUCAGUGCAGGAGGGACAAUAUAACCAUCAUCAUCCCCAAGUCCCUUCUCCGUGGUAUUGACCGUGAGCACCUUCGACUCCUGAACACUACACGCAAAGCUAGAGAAACAAGCGCUGACUUCUCUUUUACAACACCGCUGACUGGCUGUAACACAACACGCAGGCAAACACCUACAGCUAUUGUUUACUCCAACACCGUCUUGGAAAUCCUUGUGGCUGCUGAGGAUGUCAUAACACGCGUGCGUGAGAUAGAAAUACAGUUCAGCUGUUUUUAUUCCAAGUAUGGCGUGGUAUCAUCGGUUGGUUGGAAGCCAAGUAAAAUAAGGUGUUGUUAG